CUCUUUUUUUUUUUGUUGUUAUUAUUAGCACAGAAAUGGCAACUAAAAGUGGUCAAUUUAACUAUAGUGAUUACCCCGUUAUUGUGGGUAUUGACUUUGGUACCACCUUUUCUGGUUGCUGUUAUGCUUUUGCACAAAACGAAGAAGUUAUUGAUAUUGUGAAAUGGCCUAAGCAAAACAAUAAUAUUUAUCCAAAAACACCUACGUUAUCACUUUAUCGUAAAGGAUCUACUCAAAUAUUAGAUUGGGGACACGGCGCUAGAAGAACCGCAAUAAAACCAAAUAGUUCAGAUUUAUUAUUAUUAUCAAAAUUUAAACUUUAUCUUGAUGAACAUUUACAAAACGAGACAUUACCUAAUAAUCUUAAUAUUAUUGAUGUCAUUGCUGAUUAUCUACAUUUAUUUCAUAAUCAUGUAUGUGCAGAAUUAUCGAAAGGAUUUGCUGGUAAUUAUGAUCAAAGUAAAUUUAGAUAUUGUUUGACAGUACCUGCUAUGUGGACAGAUCGUGCAAAGGCAGCUAUGCGUGAAGCAUCUAUUCGUGCUGGACUUAUCUUACGUUCAGACCCUCCUGAACGAUUAACACUUAUUUCAGAACCAGAAGCAGCUGCAUUAUAUUGUGAAAAGAAAUCAGAGCAAUUUAAUUUAAGUCAUGGUCAACGUUUUAUGAUUUGUGAUGCAGGUGGUGGUACGGUAGAUUUGAUUGUAUUUGAAAUUGACGAAACUAUACCAGGAAGACGUACUUUAAAAGAAGUUACAAAUGGUCAUGGUGCUACUUGUGGAUCAGGAUUUCUAGAUUCUAGAAUGAGAGAUUAUAUUAUACGUAAGUUUGCACAUAUUGGUCCUAUUAAUGAUUCAGCUAUGGAACAUAUUAUGGAAGCAUUUGUGAACAUUAUUAAACCGGAAUUUGAUGGAACUGAAGAUCAUUUCUUGGAUUUACCAGCUUCUAUGGGAUUAGGCGAUUUAACAGAUACAUCCAUUGGACUGGAAAAUGGAUGUCUUUUAUUACCUGCUCAUGAACUCUGUAAUGAAAUAUUUGAACCCGUUGUAUCUCAGGUUUUGGGUUUAAUUGAUAACCAACUUAUGCAGUCACCUAAUUUAGAGGCUAUCUUUUUAGUUGGAGGAUUUGGACAGUCCAACUAUCUUUUUAAACGAGUAGAGGAUGUCUUUGCUGAUCGUGUAGGUAUGAUUGGUGUCCCACCUCGAGGUGAAUUAGCUGUUGUCAGAGGUGCAGUCUAUUUUGGUCUUAAUCCACAAACUGUCACUGAGCGUGUCUCUAGACGUACCUAUGGAGUUGAAACACGUAUGUUAUUCCAAGAGGGUAUAGACCCUCCAGAAUUCUCUGUUGUUGGUGUCGAUGGUCGCACUUAUUGCAGACAACGUUUUAGUGUUUAUGUUCAUAAGGGACAGACGAUUAAAGUAGAUGAAUGUAUUUCCAAGGUUUUCGUGAUAAGUUAUCCAAAUGACACCGAUUCUGAUCUAUAUGCUUAUGAUGGGGAUGGUCCUGUACCACGUCUCACAACAGAUCCAUCUAUCCAGAAAGUCGGUCAUUUCCCGAUUCGCAUGCCAAAAUUAGAAGGUGUCAAACCAGGAGAUAAAAUAACACUAACGAUUCGUAUGUAUUUUGGUUUAACAGAAAUUAAGAUUGAAUGUGUCAUUCAAGAUCAAGUCUUUGUCUUUACUUCUGCCUUUGAUACAAUGGAAUCAACAUCAGCUCCUUAUCAUUCAUCAUCAUCACCUAUGAUACAACAAAAUGUAGCGCCCAAUUAUCUUCAUAGAAAUUCCACAUUAAGUAGUUAUUAUCCACAACCGUCGCCAAGGUUAUCACAACAAGGUUAUCCAAUUCAACCUUAUUAUGACCAACAACAACAACAACAACAACAACAUCAAAAUACGCCAGCAUAUCCUAAUAACACAUAUUCAUCAGCAUAUUAUAAUAAUAACAAUUACCGUUAAUUUUUUUUUCUUUUAUAGAAAUAAGCAAUAAAAAGA